AGAACAUAGAAAACUGCACACCCAACUCGUAAUAAACUCGUCUCGCAUCUCCUUCCAUCAAAGGCAGCAGCAGCGCUCCUCACCUCGCCAAAUACCCGCCAAGCAGUACCAGGAGCCCCAAAGCGGCGCUGGCCUGACCUUCAUUUGGCAAUCCAAUUUCAAUCUCGCCACAUCGUACUUCAUCUCGCUGGCACUAUGACUGAGGCAUCGAAAUGGCAUUGACUACAUCCAUGACCCGCUCCCGACGAGCAGAGGGUGCCCAUCUCUCGAACCCCAAGGUUGCCAAUGCCCAUCGCCUGCUCCCCAACGCGAAGGACCACUACCCACCCCGCCCGAAACGCCAGCUUGACCCUUCCGAACGCGACAUUGACAACGUCGUCGCCAAGAAGGCCAGAUUCACCACAGGAAUCGCGGUCGAGAUUCCGGCACGGUCGUCGCUCCAUGCCCGAUUCGUGAGGGACACCGCCGACGCGAAACAAGCGGUGCCUGCGCCGCCGAAACCCGCGGUCGCGGCCCCUAAAGCCCCGACGACUCAUCGUGCCCCUCCCGCCAAUGGCACCAGACCCGCCCCUGCCAAAACUCAGCAGCAGCACCAGCAGCAGCCGGCACCUCCAAAACACCGGGAGAAGGUUGCCAAUGGGUUGAAGCACGAAUUGAACAAGCUGCAGCCGAGUGCGGCCGACACCAAGGAGCAGGGCCGGAAACUUCGGUCGCAGGAAGCAACUCGCUUCAAGAGCGAGCUGUCUGCCUACUUCCCAGAGUACGACGAAGUCAUUGGCAAUGACCCGAAAGAGACUCACCUCCUCAACGUCGACACGCCCAUCGUAAUCGUUCCGGAUCCAUCACCACUUCACAACAACCACAAUAACAAUAACAACAACAACCCCCUCCAACGAGCCCAGCAACACCCACCCCACCGCACCGCACCACUUCCUCCCCACGAAUACCCGAUUCGCAGCUACGGUGACGCCCUCUACACCGACCUCUUUGACGCCCAACGAAUUGACUUUAGCUUCCUGGACAAACAACCCCCACCCGCUGGCGGCGGUGACAAUAACUAUAAUAACGAUGGCAACGGCAAUGCCCCCGAUUCCGACCCCCUACCGGACACGCUCUACUCCCCGGCGCACAGGAAAGCCGAACGACUGGAGCGCUCCAUCCGCAACACGGAAAAGGGCCGCGCCCAGCACGAGAAGGACCAGAUCAUGCGCCUGCUGGACGGCCUGCAGGGCCACGACUGGCUGCGGGUGAUGGGGGUCAACGGCAUCACCGAGAGCAAGAAGAGGGCGUUCGAGCCCGCGCGGCAGCACUUCAUCCGCGGGUGCGAGAACAUCCUGAGCAAGUUUCGGCGCUGGGCGAGGGAGGAGAAGAGGAGGCGGGCAGAGAUGCUGGAGAGGAAGGCUGCGGCUCAUGAGCAUAGGGAGGGGUCAGCCAAGGACGCAGCGAGUGAAGGGGAAGGGGAGGAGGCCGAGGGCCACGGUGAGGCUGAGGGGCGUACAGGGAAGGGGGCGGCCAGGGGUGCGGGAGGCAACCAGGGCGAGGAGGAGGGCAAUGAUAGCGACGAUGACGACGGAGGAGGGGGGAACAUCGUCGAGGGCGAGCCGCCUGACGAUGACGCCGGUAGCGGUGACAUUGACGCGUCGGUGGCAAGGCAGCUUCGCGAGGAGGCGCUCGCGGCGGCGGCCAAGAGGAGGAGGAGUAAGGCCGCUGCUGCCGGAACAAGGGCGCCCGCGGCGAGACGCGGGGCGGCUUCGACGGCAACGGCUGCGCGUCGCAAGACCGCGGCGGCGGCGGCGGCAUCCCGAUCGAAGCCAGAGCCCCCGAUCCAAGAACCGCCGAAACCGUUCACCUCGUUCUUUGCCAAGCGGUACCAGCGGGACGCAGCACUGAGCAAGAACCGCCGGAAAGGCCGGAAGGUGCUGGCGUGGGGCCAGCCCUUGCCGGAAAUGGCCGAGGCCGAGUUCCAACUGCCGACCGGGCUGUGCGACGAAGAGACGUUGCGGGCGCACGCGCGGAAGAAGAGAAGGGAUAAGAGGUUGAGGAAGUGAAAAAGAAGGAGCUUCCGCUGGUUGGUUGCUUUGGUAGUUGUAUUAUUGUCUGCUGGCUGCCCUCUGGGAUGUCUCCAUAGCGUGUUUCUUUUUGUUUGUUUGUUUAUUGUUGAGGGAUGAGGGAUGCUCUCGCAAGGCGUUAUGGCAGGC